CAGGCCGCCCGCGUGGCGCCCACGUGCAGGACCUACGACGCCCUCGCCAGGCCCGCGGCCAGGAGCGGUGAGUACCGCUUCGUAGAGAUGUUGUACAACGCGAAGGCCAGCGACUGUGGGGGCGGCAUCGGGCCGGAGUCCCUCGCGGUGCUCCUCGACGCCUACGCCAACAGCAUCCCGAACCAGGCGGACCGGGCUGGCGCAGCCUUCCGCGAGGAGAUGGCCUUCGCGGAGGAGCAGGACCAGAAGCCCUCGGAGGCCGCCUCCGGCCGCGUGCUGAAGGCUCUGCGGCGGGCCGUGGGUCAGGAGGCCUUCGGCCGCCUGUGCCGGGAGUACGGGCUCGACGAGCAGUCUGCGAUGUGAGCGCGCCUCGUCGGCUUCUGAUAUCCUCCCUCCCCGCGCUUCGUCGGCGUCUCUUUUCCUACGUUCCCCCCCCUCCCUCCCACA